CAUCUCUAUAGCCCAUCGGCCUCUCCCUGUCCUCUGUCCUCCCCCCUCUAGCCGGAACUCGGCGGCGCCGCCACGUCCGUCCCCAUCCCGCGUCCAUCUCGGCCGACGCUGCGUCUGUCACCGUCGGAAAGCCGACCGUCUCCGACCGCCUUCCCCAACCCUCAGGGGCUCGCCUAAAUCACCGAAAGAUCCGUCUUGGAAUGGCGAGCCAAGAGAAGGCCACCACGCCCUCGCCAUCUCCUCCUCCUCCGCGGCCGCCCCCUCAGCCGCCGGCGCCAGAGGGAGCCCCUCGAAUCCGGGGGUUCGGCGGGGGCGGCGGGUACCCUAACCCGCCCGACGGGGCGCCGCCGGACGCGGCCACGCUGCGGGAGCAGUGGCGGUUCGCGGUGCGGCAGUACAGCCGGAUGUACUCGCACGCCUGGGGCACCGCCAUCCUCGCCGGCGCCGCCUUCUUCGCCCUAGGCUGGCUUGUCAAGGGCUCCAACCCCAUCCCGUCCCGCGGCGACACCCAUGCCCUCAAGGACGCCAACGCCAACGAGGACAAGAAGUGACUGUUGGUAAAGGUGCUUCACCUCCCACCUGUGUUAAAGCUAGAGGAAAGCUGGAAGUGAAAUCCUGCAUGGUGCAGAGUGAUCAGCUUUGUGUUCUUCCGUGCUGUAUGUUUUCUCAAGUCUGCAAAUUAAGGGAACUCGGUUUUUCCUAUAACCUGUAAGUGAAGCUCUAGAGUAUAUCUUGUAAGUACACCAAGAUGUUGGCGGGUUCAUAUAAUAAAAGAGUUGCUUCAUAAUGUUCUUUUAAAAUAGUGUAGUCUAACAAAUGAUCAUUUCUGAUCUGAAUGUAUAGAAAUUUACAUUUAUAUUCAGAAUCUGCACAGCAGAUCUAUUACAAUCUGACAGCUGUAAGAACUUCGUCUUGAUUUUGCAUCGCUUGCUUUUAGAAAUAACUCAGGUGUAAGACUUCUAUAUUAUUUUAGUACAAAUGUAUACUUUGUCCACAUUUAUAUAAGAGCAUCUCUAUCA